AUGGCUGCGGCACAUGUUUCUCUCCUCCGAGACCUGGAUGUAACAACAACACUUGCAGCUCAAUCCCAGACAACUCCGUCACCGGAUGGGCAACCACCGGCGAAAUCGCCACAGACGUUGUUUCGAUUCAGUCAACUGACGGGACUCGCUAAAGGAACCGUCGGUUUAGCCGGUAUGGGACGACACAACGUCGGUUUACCGUCGCAAUUCGCCGCCGCGUUUAGCUUAAAACGGAAAUUUGCUGUUUGUCUCAGUUCCGGUAGAGGCGUCGCCUUCUUCGGUAACGUUUCUUACAAUUUCCUCCCUGGAAUCGAGAUUUCCCGGUUAACCACCACACCGUUGAUUAUUAAUCCGGUGAGUACUGCUUCUGCGUAUACACAAGGCGAGAAAUCCUCCGAGUAUUUCAUCGGCGUGACGGACAUCAAAAUCUCCGAUAAAUCUGUUCCGUUCAACAAAACGCUUUUGAAAAUCGACGGUGCUACCGGAUUCAGAGGAACCAAAAUCAGCACGGUGAAUCCUUACACGGUGAUGGAGACAUCGAUUUUCAACGCGUUCACAUCGGCGUUCGUCAAAUCAGCCGCGGCGAGGAACAUCAGUCGAGUUUCGUCGGUGAAACCGUUCGGCGCGUGUUUCAGCACCGCGAACGUCGGCGUCACGCGCGUGGGUUACGCCGUGCCGGAGAUCCAGCUUGUGCUUCAGAGCAACGACGUCGUUUGGAGGAUUUUUGGAGCUAACUCGAUGGUGAGCGUCAGAAAUGACGUCAUCUGUUUGGGUUUCGUUGACGGAGGAGUCAACGCGAGAACCUCUGUGGUAAUCGGAGGGUUUCAAUUGGAAGAUAAUUUGGUCGAGUUUGAUUUGGCGAGUAAUAGAUUUGGGUUUAGUUCCACGUUAUUGGGUCGUCGUACUAAUUGUGCUAAUUUCAAUUUCACUUCCACUGCUUGA